UGGGGCUGCUCGUGCUUGGCGUGCCUUGAGACGCCAGAGACAGAAGUGACACGGUCGCUCUGCAACUUCUGCCCUGCGCAGCUUUAAAAUGAAUGAAAAUAAACCUGAUUCACAGAACCUCGCUAUUUGCUUUCUCACUGUUAGCGUGUGUCUUCUGUCGAAAAAAUGAUGACUGUCCUAAUAAAUAUGGAGAAAAGAAAACUAAUGAGAAAUGGAAUGUCACUGUACAUUACUAUUGUUUGUUGAUGUCAAGUGGAAUUUGGCAAAGAGGUAAAGAAGAAGAAGGAGUUUAUGGUUUCCUGAUAGAAGAUAUCAGGAAAGAAGUGAAUAGGGCUUCUAAACUGAAAUGCUGUAUUUGCAAGAAAACUGGUGCUUCAAUUGGAUGUGUUGCACCUCGAUGUAAACGAAGUUACCAUUUUCCAUGUGGACUUCAGAGGGAAUGUAUUUUCCAAUUCACUGGCAAUUUUGCGUCAUUUUGUUGGAACCACCGACCUGUUCAAAUAAUUACGUCUAAUAAUUAUAGAGAUUCCUUACCAUGCACCAUUUGCUUGGAAUUUAUUGAACCUAUUCCAACCUAUAGCAUAUUACGAAGUCCUUGUUGUAAGAAUGCUUGGUUUCAUAGAGACUGUUUACAGGUUCAAGCAAUAAAUGCAGGAAUGUUUUUCUUUAGGUGCACAAUAUGCAAUAACAGUGAUAUAUUUCAGAAAGAAAUGUUAAGAAUGGGAAUUCAUAUUCCUGAAAAAGAUGCAUCCUGGGAAUUAGAGGAAAAUGCUUAUCAAGAGCUUCUACAGCACUAUGAGCAUUGUGAUGUACGAAGAUGUCGUUGCAAAGAAGGCCGAGACUAUAAUGCACCUGAUAGCAAGUGGGAAAUAAAGCGCUGUCAGUGUUGUGGUUCUAGUGGAACACAUUUAGCCUGUUCCUCGCUACGAUCUUGGGAACAAAAUUGGGAGUGUUUGGAGUGUAGAGGUAUUAUCUACAAUUCAGGGAAUUUCCAAAGAGCCAAAAAGCAUUCUUUACCUGGUUCUAAUAAUGUGGGAAUCACUGAUUGUUUGUUGGAAGAAUCAUCACCUAAGUUACCCAGACAGUCACCUGGAUCCCAGCGUAAAGAUCUGCUGAAGCAAGGCAACAAAUUUAGAAGAGAUAUUUCAACUAUAUUAAUAGAGUUAGGAUUCCAAAUUAAAAAAAAAGCUAAAAGAUUAUAUAUCAACAAAGAAAAUAUCUGGAACAAUGCCUUAGAAGGAUUCAGAAGUAAACAAUUUAAUCCUGCAUGUACAAUUGAAGUAGUAUAUAUUAAUGAAAAUAAUAAUUUUGGAAGAGAACAUCCUGGUUCAAAGCAAGAAUUCUUAAGUCUCUUAAUGCAGCAUCUUGAGAACUCGGCAUUGUUUGAAGGAUCCUUGUCGAAGAACCUGUCUCUAAAUGCUCAAGCUCUGAAAGAGAAUCUUUACUAUGAAGCUGGCAAAAUGAUUGCCAUUUCUUUGGUUCAUGGUGGUCCUUCACCUGGUUUCUUUUCUAAAACCUUAUUUAACUGCCUUGCUUAUGGACCAGAAAAUACCCAGCCAAUUUUAGAUGAUGUUUCAGACUUUGAUGUGGCACAAAUUAUAAUCAGGGUGAAUACUGCAACAAAUGUGGCUGAUUUAAACUCCAUAGUUAAUGAUUGUUAUAACUACCUAGAACUAAUUGGAUGUCUAAGAAUUAUAACAUCAUUAAGUGAUAAAUAUAUGUUAGUAAAAGACAUACUUUUUUACCAUGUAAUUAAGAGAGUCCAAGCACCCUUUGAAAGUUUUAAGCAGGGUCUGAAAACUCUUGGAGUUUUGGAAAAAAUUCAGACUUACCCAGAAGCUUUUUGUAGCAUCUUCUGUCAUAAACCUGAGAAUCUUUCUGCAAAAAUCCUUAGUGAUCUUUUCACAGUCCACACAUUAUCUGAUGUACAGGUUUUGGAGUUUUGGAACAAUUACUUACAGGAUGUUGAGGAUGGUAAAUCUGCAACAACAGUGGAAGAUAUUCUUAUUUUUGCAACUGGUUGCAAUUCCAUUCCACCUGCUGGAUUUAAACCCACUCCUUCAGUUGAGUGCCUGCAUAUGGAUUUUCCUGUUGGAAACAAGUGUAAUAACUGUCUCACUCUUCCAAUCACCAAUUCAUAUAAAGAAUUUCAAGAAAAUAUGGACUUUGCCAUAAAAAACACUCUAAGGCUAGAAAAGGAAUCAAGUUCUCACUACGUUGGACAUUGAAAUGUUCGGACAGAGAGAGAUGCUUCUUUAAAAGCUGCUAUUGAUACUAAUUGUUUCAGAAAUGUUUCUUGUCAUCACUCUUGACUGAACUUGUUAGCUUUGGGCCUAAUAAAAUUCAUGAUAUGAAUAUAAAGAAAUGUUUUUGGCCAUUUAAGCUAAAAAAAAAAAUGUGUUAAAUAUGUACCAGUCAAGAUAGUUUUCUAUUUUCUUUAUAUAUGUGCUUCAUAAACUCAAUAUAAGUAUGACUGUACAGACUUUCUUCAAGUGUAACAGCAUGGUAUAUGUAGAAAAGAAGCUCUAUGCUCAAUUGUUUUUUUUUUUUAAUUGGGAUUAGCUGUAGGAUAUGCCACAAAGAUUUUUCUAGUUUUAUGCUAUUUUCAGAUUACUUUAUUUUAAAGCAUUAAAAAGAAAAGCUAAUUGCUAAGUUGUGGCAUAUAAAUGAUCAGUAUAUAUUCUGGGAUGUGUCUUAUAUGUAUACUUCUUGAGGAUGAUGGUUUAAAAAGAUUUUUGGUUAUUGAUUUAUAUGAAAAUAGACCAACACUGCAAUUAGAGUAUGCCUAAUGAGAAGUAUUAUGUAAAAAGCAGAAUUGCACAAGUAUCCUAGAAUCUAUGGAUAUUCCAUAGUUUUAAAAACACUUCUGAGGUGGUUAAAAUAUGGUUAAAAAAAAAAAAAAGCCCUAAGAAAGUGUAUUCUUUAAAACCUUGGCUUUGGUUGUAGGAUUUUUUUUUUUUUCUAUAUCUGUAUGGUGUUAAACUACAGUAUAUCUGAUCCCUGGUCAUUUAGGUAUCUGAAUAAUCUUUGAAUUGUCAUAUGGUACAUUUGGCUAUUUGAUAGUUAUUUAUUACCAAGAUAGUUAUAAGACAGGUAAUCAGGCACCAUUGCAUUAAUACUAUUAUCUCGGCUCUUGAAAGAUACCUAUUACUAUAUAAAUAGAUACUUAUUAUAUAAGAAGUAUAGAAAUAUGUAAAAAAAAAAAUACAAUGGAAUGGAAAGAAAAAUGUACUCUGGUUCACCAUGCAAAGAUCUAUAUUUCUAUGUAUCCUAUAGAUCCUUUACUUUCAUAUUUUUUAACUACUAAUGUUGCUAAAAAGACAGUACUAGAAAACAAGAAGUCAUGUAAUAACAACUUAAAGAUAUACAAUGUCAUGUUUAUUAUACUAUUACAAAAGAAAAAAGUGGAAAAAUCUAAUUCCUAAUAAAAUAUAGAGAGUUUUCUAUCAAAAGUAAAGCAGAGGAGAAUGUGGUUUUAACCACAUUUUUCUGGAUACACAAAUGCCUGUUACUGUCAUAUUCUCAUCCAUCACAGAAACACCCUUAGUUAUGAUCAUUUACAGAAACACCCUUAGUUAUGAUCAUUUAAAGAAAAAUAACAGAACUGAUUUGAUACUGAAAAUCUCUCAAUCAAAAGGGACUAAUUACAUAAACAUAGUAUGAUUUUCCUUGUUAUACUGACAGGCCGAACAAAUUAAAAUUUCACUUGAACUUGUAAAAUUUUAACAUAAGGAAGGCAUUUCUUUGUCUUAUAGGGAAUUCUGUUAGAUUAUCAAAAGCAAUUAAAGAAUCAAUUAACAAUAAUAGUUGGAUGUCUAAUAUCAACCUCAGGUUCACCAUGAAGCAAAACUUGCAUUUUCUUUCAAAUGUUUUGAUAAAUUAAGGUAUUUUAUUUCUUAACCUAGCUAUUAGAAUUUUUUUUUGAUUUUAUAAAAUCAAACCAAAAAAAAUAAGCCAAUGAAAGCUAUUUUCUAGUUAUUUGUAACUAAUUUGUCUCAGCAUGGUAAUUAAAGCUGACGCACACACAUUUGCAGGGGUAAAAAGACAUUAUCUUUGAAUUGGCUACUAUUAAAAGCAGUAUUUCAAUUCCUCUUUUCACUUAUGUGUUAUGUAGGGCCUUUAGGUUAUGGUGGUGUAAAUAAUAAUUUAGGACAUUCACAUUUCAAAUGAAGCAUCAAUAUUCAUAAUUGCAAAUUGGUUUUAAGGAUAUUAUAACAUUUGUAUGAAUUUUGGAGAAAUCUGUAUGUUAUUUUCUGCAGUGUUACUACAUUCAAAUGGUUGGAAUCAUGAUUGUUCUUUUUCUGUUAUAGCCAAUGUACAAUUCUUAUGACUUGAUUUUAAAAAAGAAUUAUGCUAUAAAUUUCUAUCAAUGUGUAUAUGUAUUUCUUAAAAGUUUGAAUCAUCUAAAUGCCAAAUAGUUUGUUUUCUGUUGCUCUCAAUAUCAAGGAAAACCAUAAAUUCAGCUAUACUGCAUUUCCUGUUAAUGAUCUUUAGUUAUAUAUGCAUUGCUUUUAAACAUUUUUUGGUGUGGGCAAUUCAUCUGAAUUCUUGUACUGAAGUCAUUUACUAUUUUAAUAUUUAAGGUAAAGAAUCUUUAAAAUUACUCAUCAGAAACCAGUUUCAUUUUUACUUUGUAACACUUAACUUCCAUAUUAUAAAAAAGACAUUAUUUGUUUUGGGUUAAGUAGAAAAGCAUUUUUCAAGAAUAUACUUUGGCUUCUUUUUUAUAUUAAAACUUAAUACAUUUUCCCCCUAAUUAUAUGUAAACUAUGGGAACUUUUUUACUCAACAGUAAAUGCAAAGUAAAGGAGAAUAUAAGUUUUGUCUGACAUUGUCUUUCAUACUCAUUUAUUAUAUAAAAUGCCCAGAACAACAUGCUUUAUAUAAACAUGUAGUUUCAAUAUGUAAUUCCAUACUCCAUUGUGAUUUAUAAUCUAUGAAACUAGUUUUUAUGCUUCAGGUUAUACAAUAUAAAGUCUUAUAUUUCAAGUAGUGCUAUAUAACAAGGCAUAAGUGCGCAUCAUGAUUUACUUGAAUGUAUAUUACCUGUAGGUUAGGAAAUUUUGGAUUGCUUUGAAUAAAUACAGUUUUCAAGUUAUAUUUCUACUGUUAACAUUUUCUAAUUCCCAAACAUAUCCCAGUACCUACUGUAUGCCAG